UGUGUAGCGGGCUCAGGAUAUCGCAUCGCCGAUCCGUGUAUGGCCCUCAGAUCCGUCACAGACGACCUGCUGUUUGUACCACCAUCUCAAAGACCUGCUUGUUUCGAACAAGAGCUUACUAUGGCCCUGUGAGAAUACUGCUUGACACAAUACGCUGGUCAAUUGUAAGCACAACAAUGCGAGGACUUAUCGGUGCCGAUGAGAAGCUGUGAGUCCAAAUUCCGCAAGUAGCAACUCGAAAUGCCAGGUGCCGAGCAGAGCCUGCCCUUACAAGUUGUCCCGGACGACGAGCUUUAGGUAAAAGUAAGGUGAGCACAGCUAGUCUUGAGCACGCCCGAAUCUUGACAUACUUGUUUACGACCUGCAGCUGAGCAGAGAAAGGCGAACAUAAAGAUGGACCGUUGUCCUGCGGAACUCUGGAUCCGGAUUUUUGCGUUGGCGUGUACGGACGACGGCCACACAGGGCGGUCGCUCUCCCGUGUCUCGAGAUACAUCCGCGAUGUGUCCAGAUCUGUGCAGUUACAGAGCGUGGCUCUGAACGGUGCUUACGAGCUGAAAUGCUUUGCGGAUGUCCUGGAGAGCCGGCCCCCGGAGCAUCAGAGAAUUCUCCAUCUGUACAUCGCGCAUCACAAGGAACCGGGCGACAGGAACUCCUACGCACCGCUCGAGUCACUGAACGACUCGCAACUGCGCGAAGCUCUCAUCUAUCGCCAGUAUCAUUCCGCUGAUGAACAAGAGCUCCUGAGCAGACUACCGGACGACGUGCGCGGCUGGACGAGCGCCGAGCUCACAGCCAAGCGGAAUGACGCGUUCAUGCAAGCUCUCGAUCGGGUUAUGCAAAUCGCGAGUCCCCACCUCCGAAUCCUCACUUUGCACAUCGGCUCCCUACUGCUAAGCUCGCAAUAUGGACCCCACUUCCCAUCUGUCCUCGCCAGGUCCAACUUCCCCCAUCUGGAAGAGCUCACCAUCAUGGACACCUUCGUGCUCCGCGGCGGGUUGCAGGCACCCAAUUACAAACGGGUCCCGUUGUUCCCAUCGCUCAAGUGUCUGCACCUAGUGGACUGUUACAAUUACCUCCUCGCUUUCCUCGGCUCCGUACCGUCCCUCACGCAUCUGCGCAUGAGUGGAGUCACCCAGCUCUUCCCGGAUCUCAGCGCCAUCGUGCGCGGCGUGUUAGACCCGGACGCCACGACGAACGUCGUUCCCACAGCCCAAACCGGUCUCACGAGUCUGCAGAAGAUCAUCGUCAGCCCCGUCUCACUGUCGCGCACAGCAACGUACCGAGUCAUCACGGAACAAGCGUUGAAGCAGAUGGCGCGAGGUAACGACAAGCUGGUCCUUCUGCGCUCCGAUCGCGCGGCGAGCCCGCCCUAUGGACUGCCAGAGGCUCGGCGGGAUUGGCUGCAGAGAAUCGAGGGCAAGGAUGGAUGUUGGGGGUACCGGACGCCCGAUCUUGACCCCGAAACUGUCCAGGGCUAUACGUUUGGCUACUAGGCUGAACAUGUCUGCGACGGCGAGGGAAGAUGAGUCUGGUUUAGUUGUGUUUGAAAUUGGCCCCGGUUAUAGCGCUACGCAUAAUUGGCAGUGUUGUGUUUUGGACGCCAUCCUCCGUUUGGGUACCAGUAUAGCCUCUUUGAAUAAUCGUCUCUAGGUGUCCUCUUCUGUCAGACCCUUGCCAUGGAGCCACGCUUCGCCCAAAAUACACGCAAAUUGUGUCUGUCCAUUC